AGUUAUUUAAAGUUUUAUUCUUUAAAACUUAACAAUGUCUGGAGGAAGCAGCAGCAACCGAAAUGAGUGCAGAAUAUACGUAGGGAAUCUACCGCCGGACAUAAGAACAAAGGACAUUCAAGAUUUAUUUUACAAAUUUGGCAAAGUUACGUUUGUCGAUCUGAAAAACAGAAAAGGUCCACCAUUCGCAUUCGUGGAAUUCGAGGAUCCGAGGGAUGCGGAUGAUGCUGUACGUGCAAGAGAUGGUUAUGAUUACGAUGGUUAUCGUCUCCGGGUGGAGUUUCCCCGGGGUGGCGGCGGCGGCGGCGCAAGAGGCGGGCGUGGGGGAGGAGACCGCUUUGGCGCCAGACCGGCCACAAGAGGUCCCCCAGCUAGACGUUCGGAGUACAGAGUACUUGUUACUGGGUUACCACCAUCAGGAUCUUGGCAGGAUCUAAAAGACCACAUGCGUGAAGCGGGCGAUGUUUGCUUUGCGGACACUUUCAAAGAUGGUACUGGUGUAGUGGAGUUCCUUCGUCAUGAAGAUAUGAAGUAUGCAGUGAAAAAACUUGACGAUUCGCGGUUUAGAAGCCAUGAAGGCGAAGUGUCAUAUAUACGAGUGAAAGAGGACUAUGGCGGCGGUGGCGGAGACAGAUACAGUGGUGAUCGUGACAGAGGUGCAUCGGGCAGGUCGCGGUCGUACUCACCGCGGCGACGCGGAUCGCCGACUUACUCGCCGGUGCGUCGCAGCUACAGUCGCAGCCGCAGCCGUGAUCACAACUACUGAGCAGUGAUAGCGAGCGACGAGCGGCGACUGGACGGGCGCCGCGACCCCGUAGCCCCGAGACUGCGCCCACUUAGCGCUCUGCCAUGUUUAUAAUAAGAUCAACAUAUGUAUGUCCAUACUCCUCGUUUUGCAGGCGACAUGUCACAUGCACUCUCUUCUCUUCACAAAUGUAACAGUAAACCUGACAACAUGCUGAUUUUAUAUUUAAUAAA